AUGGAGUCGAUCAACCCCACCGACUGUCUGGUUGAGGGAGAAGAACCAGGCCAGAACUCCGAGCGCGAGAGGAAGACGUUCCCUAAGGUCAAAUUCUUCACGGGCAGAGAGUGGAACGAGUUCAAGCGGAAGCACAAGAACCAACUCUUCUACACCGCGCUGCGUAAGAAGUACCCUCUGUUUCAACUCUGCCACAACGACGCGAAGGGGAACAUCUUCAUGACGCAUGCCUACUACGAGGCUGUGACGCGCAAAUGGGAGAACAAAUCUGGCGCGACUGUGAGCCUCAACGAUGCCAAGUACUCCAUGAAGACCUUGUCAGACGAGGAAAACAUCUCGGAGCCUCCCCACGACAUCCCCGACGCAAUCGCGCCUGCGAUUCCCCCCGCACGCAAACCUGCGAAGCGCCCAUCCGACACCUCUCUUCUGCCGCCCAAGCCCGCUCAGCGCGUCCGCACCCAAGCGGACGAACCUGAAAACGUCAUGGCUCCUCCCCAACCAGACAAGGGCAAGGGCCGCGCAACUACAAGCCUGCUAGCCCUGAUUUCUUCCUCCGCCGCAGUGCAGCCCAGCCCCCGCGUCGCAGACCAGCUGAACCCCCCGCAAUCGGCAGGGAACGUCCCCGAGACGGCCCCUCCACUCGAAAAUCCCCCGGCCUCUGUGCCAUCUACAUCCGCCCCCGUUGACACGGUCUCGUGCCCUCCGGCACCACCACCCACCGUCCCGUCCUCAGAACAACAUCCCCCGACCUCCCACCAUGAUCAUCCUGCCCUCCCCGUAGCACAGCCCCUCUUGCAGCCUCCGCAUCCAGCUCCCGACGUGUCGUCCUCAUCCGACGGUGCUCCUAACAUGCAGCCCGUUACCCCAGCCUGCCCGGACGCCGUCGACGCUGGAGAAUCCAGCACACCUCCCGAUGCCUCGCAAGUACCCCCAACCACCGCACAAACGACCACCACCAAAAAACCUCAGGCUCCUCGGAAGACGCCGCAAUGGCCACCACCGGCCGAUCUACGUGGAGCGAAGUGGGCGUAUGCUCGCAACUGGUACGCGGACACCAACGGAUCACAGGCAGAGUUCGAACAACAUUACAAGUCCAUGACCCCCUCCGAUAGAAGAAACGCCGGCCGCAUCGCAGCAAAGUGA